AUGGAGCAUGCGGCCGAUCGCUUCUACGCCACACAAGCCGAGCAGAAAAUACGAUACGGCGCCAUCUUCGGCACUCGGACGCGCUUCAUCCUGCUCGUCCUCGUCCUAUUAUGUCUAACAUCCAUUUGGUCUAACAUUCUAACCUUCAAUUUUGCCGUCAUUUGUAUGGGCCCUGACGCGAAUUCGACGAAUAAUGAUGACACGUACACAUUCUCUGGAGGCCAAAAAUCGUGGGUGAUCUCGGUGGUGGCGAUCGCGGCGCUCGUCUCCAAUUUCCCGGCCGUCGCGCUGGUUAACAAGCUCGGUAUCCGCACCGUAUUCACCAGUCUCGGGCUGCUCUCUGCCGUCUCCACGCUGUUGAUACCGUCGGCGAUUCGGUUAGGAUUCCCGUUCUUCCUGGUGGUCCGCGCGCUGCAGGGCGUCGCCUUCGCCGCCAACUUCCCGGUGAUCGGCGCCUUUUGCGCAAAGUGGACGUAUUACAAGCAGAACGGCCUCUUCGUCUCGGCCCUCGUCGCCUACGUGCAGUUGUCCCCCGCAUUCACCAACCCCUCCUCCGGCGCCUUGUGCGAUGCGUUCAGAUGGCCCAGCAUUUUCUACGCUCACGGCACCGUGUCGCUGGUGCUGUUCAUCACCUACGGCCUCUUCUACCGCAACAACCCGAACAAGCACCCGUUCGUCGGCGACGUCGAGAGGAACAAGAUCAGCGUCGGCAAGGCGAAGAUUGACAAAAAAUCGCUGAAGAAGAUCCCGUACGGGGACAUCCUGAAGACGCCGGCCGUCUGGGCCACCUGGAUCGCCUCCAUCGGCAACUUCACCUGCGUCAACAUGAUGUUCCUCUUCUCGCCGACGUAUUUGGCGACUGUCCUCGGCUACUCUGUGCACAACACCGGCAUCACCGCCGCCCUUCCGCCGUUGGCCCAAUUCGCGAUGAAGCUGUUCAUUGGUGCCCUCUCCGACCGUAUCCACUUCAUCUCCGAGCAGAACAAGUUCCGCCUCUUCAACACGCUCGCCUUCUGCGGCUCGUGCGGUUUCCUGGUGGCGCUCGCGUUUUGGGAUACGAAACAUACGAGCACCUGCACGAUACUUCUCGGAGGAGCUGCCGGAAUCCUUGGCGCCACAACCGGCGGCUUCUUCAAAUCGGGCCCCGUCUUGUCGAAGCAAUACAGCCACUUUGUGACUGGCAACAUCUCGCUGGGAAUCACGAUCACGAUGCUCGUCGUCCCGUUCUACGUGAAUGCCCUGACGGUACACAAUACACCCGAGGAAUGGCGAUGGGUGUUCAUCAUCACCGGCGCGGUCAUGGUCGUAACCAACGCGAUCUUUGUCAUCUUCAUCAAGGGCGAGCCGUGCAAGUGGACCGAGGACCAAUUCGCAAAACGCAACAGCAUCAAGUCGCUGUCGGAGAUCCAGCUGGGCCACGUCGUCAACAAGCCCAGAUCGUCAGUGGCCCCCGCCGACAAAUAU